CACAUCUGCCUUUUAAGAACGCCCUCCUGACCUCCUUGAAUGGCCAAUUCCAAACUCUUAAUUUGUCCGGAUCAGGUCCAAAACGGGUGAUUGCAGUUUUAUUUCGCAUGCAGAUUCUUGACGGGGUCAGUUGAAAUUUCGGCGAAAGCUCCGUACAUAAUCAAUUCAGUGCCAUUUGAGUGCAGGUGAAAGACUCGCCACCCGCAGCUGGUGAGAUUUCCAUGUAUGGCUCAAGCGAAAAACGAGACGAGUCGUUGAUGCCAUUAACAAAUGACAUGUCACCAAGCUGACUGACAAAAUCAACCCAGCAAAAUGACAUCUCGUUUGGACAGAUUGUUUCUUCUUCUUGAGAGCGGCUCAUCUGCUGUUACAAGAAAGGCAGCAGCUCAACAACUUGGCCAAGUCCAACGACUGCACCCGCACGAUCUGCACCACCUCUUGGCGAGGAUAUCUGUUCUUUUAAAAUCUCAGUCGUGGGAAACUCGAAUCGCUGCUGGUCAUGCUGUCGAGGCUGUCGUCCGCAAUGUUCCACCUUGGGAUCCGCCACCGGUAGCAGCCGUGGAAGUGAAAAAAGAGGAACCUGCAAACUCGGGAGCUAAUGUCGGUAGAAUGACUUUUGACACUUUCGACUUGGAAAAGGUUUUGCUGGAGGGAAACCGCUUGGUUGGAUCUGAAGGGAAUGAAUUUGAGCUGGACGUGAAAGAGGAGGGGACAGUAGAAAGGUUGGCUAGUCAAAAGGCGGCCCUCAACGCAACGCUUGGUUUUACGGGAGUGCCUGAGUGCGCAGAGGGUUUGAUAAAUGACGAAGAUCUAAUACUGGCGCCAACCCAGGAAAAGAACAAUCAGCAAGGAAUUGCGAACAUGGUGCAAAGCAUGACUGGUGGAGGUGACGGAAUGAGCUCCCGAGAGAUGAAUCGAGCCAAAAGAGUUGCUCGACUUGUCGCAAAACAGCGAUCUAAAGAGACAACAGAUGACGACAGUGCUCCAGAGAGCAAGAAGAGCCGAUUGGAGGUGAAACAAGAGGAAGAGAAAGAUCUGAAAAUUGAAUGCACCACGGAAGGAACCACUCUAUGGGAAGAGCAAGCUACUAGUUGGCCUUUUGAGGAAUUUUGCGAGCAGUUGUGUCAAGACCUGUUUAGCUCAAUUUGGGAGGUUCGUCACGGAGCCGCAACGGCACUAAGGGAGGUUAUCAAAACUCACGGAGGAGGUGCGGGGAGGACGACAGAUAUGAAUGCUGCCGAGAUGUCUGCUGCGCGUGCUUCCUGGCUUGAAGAUGUUGCCUUAAGAAUUGUGUGUAUUUUGGCUCUCGACCGGUUCGGCGAUUUUGUGUCUGACCAGGUUGUAGCUCCAGUUCGAGAGACGUGCGCGCAAACUUUAGGCGUGACAGUCUGCCUUAUGACUUCGGAGGCUGUGCAGAAGUUGGUGAGAACGUUGGUGACCCUAUUGUCCCGCCAAGAGUGGGAGGCGCGCCACGGCAGCCUCCUUGGCCUCAAAUACAUUGUUGCUGUGAAAGGAGGUGAGGACCCAUCCUUGCUGCCUCUGUCCCUGCCCUACAUGCUCAAGGGGCUGGACGACCCCGUGGAGGAUGUGGGAGCCGUGGCUGCCGCCUCGCUCAUUCCUGCAGCGAGGGAGCUGGCCGACCGCUUCCCUGACCAACUGGGAGCCACUGUCGAGCGCUUGUGGAAUUUGCUCAGUGAGCAGGACGAGUUAGCCGCUGCCAGUAACAGCUACAUGGGGCUGCUAGCCGCUUUGAUCAACCAGAAGGCGGCCAGCAACCUGCACAGCACUGAGGUGCUCGCUCACAGACUGCCUCAGCUGUGGCCCUUCUUAAGUCACUCGUCGUCUGCCGUCCGCAAAUCCACCUUGCAGACGCUGUCCACGCUUGCAGAGUCGAUCGUCUCCCUUGGAGUACCGCCAGAGCCUGGAGCGCCAUCUCUCUUGCAAAACGCCCUCAGGCACAUCUUCCAGCGAGUGCUGCUUGAGACAAAUCCAGACAUCCAGGCGUUGUCCGAGGUAGUUUGGGGGAAGCUGCUGAGAAAUUGUCCUUUGGAUGAGGUCUUGAUUGCUGCUUGCCCCGUCGCUAGCUCCUGGAUGUGUCUUGCAAUGCAAUCAUACAAAAUCCCAUUUGACUCUUCAAUACUCCUCAAAGCUACUUUGUCUAAGUCACUAAAAAAGACUUCCAAUCACACUUCUGGCGAGGUUGAAGAAAAUAACGUCAUUGUUCCUGCUGAGCACAAGUCUUACAUAGGCGGUGGAGAUAUACCAGGAGCAGACGCUGCCGUUGUCCGUGCAAGGUGCAUGGCGUGUCGGAUGCUUGGCACUCUCUCUUACUAUCUAGUGAAACCCUUUCCUGGUCUUGAAGAAAUACCUGGCUCGUCACCUGUGGAAUGUUAUGUGAAGGUAUUGAUGGUGCAUCUCCAUUCAAAAUCAGCGCUUCAAAGACUGAUAGUGGGAUUAGUAGUCUCUGAAUGGGCCCAAAAGGACUCUGCAAAUUCAAAUCAUCCAGACUUGGUCUCCAGGCUGCACUUGUGUCUGAAUGAAAACGUUUAUUUUGACGAAAUUGCCCACUCGUUUACCAAGCUAAUGCAAGAAACAAAGGAUUUUGUUGCCAUGCUGCGCCAUUACCAAGUGCCGGUUCCUCAAACCUCAAUGCUCACUUUAGAACAAAUUUCUCAGCUGAGUAAUUCAGCGAUUCAGCAGACCAUUGUACAAAGCAAGUUGAAACCAAAGACAGCGGAAACCUUGGAAGAAAGACGCAAAGCUAUUCAAAACUCUGUUUCUCAAACCAGCCUUCACCAGUGCUCCUUAGCUAUAACCACUCAUGCCGCUUUAGCAGGCGCCAUUGUCAGUAUUGGGAGCCUCCCUGAAAAACUGCAUCCAGUCGUUAAACCACUUAUGGAAGCGAUCAAAAAAGAACAAAAUGAAAUGCUCCAAGCUUUGGCUGCAAAACACCUUACCCACUUAAUGGAAAUGUGCGUUAACCGAAGCCCGUCACCGAACGCAAAGAUAGUCACAAAUCUAUGCGUAUUUUUAAGAUCAGACCCCGAGUUCACUCCAGUAAUAAUGGAUGAGUCAAAAGAAGUUCCUGAUGCCCAAGCGAGCAUUAAUAUUCCCAGCAACAAGCUUGGCAUUCUGUCGCUCAUCAACCAACAGAAAAACGCUGAAAGAGCUGUCCUGCGUAGAGCUACGUCAGUGACUGGUCGCGGACCUGGUCGUCCAGCUGCCAUUGUUGCCUCCCCUGAGUUUGCCAUUGAAGAAUUGAUGACUAUAGAGGAUGAGACUCAGAGAUCUAGAGAACUAAUGCGUCAAGGAGCAACUUUGGCUUUGACUGCGAUUGCUGCACAUUUUGGAAGUGAUUUGCCCACCAAAUUACCAGGAUUUUGGGAAACUCUCACUUUGCCUAUUCAAUUAUUGGAAAAUUCUGAUGCUGAUUCUCUGCAAUCAGUCAGUGAAAAAGAGAAAGCAGAACGCCUGAUAGCCAGUUUGCAGGUUUUGGAAGUUGUUCUACCUCAUUUGCACCCUGUAUUACGACCUAAGAUCGAACAAGGACUACCUCAGUUUUGCAACAUGCUCUCUCACAAAUACCGGGCUGUGCGCCACAUGAGUUCCAGGGUGUUGGCAGUGAUGGGAAAGCUGAACUCUGUCGUUGUCAUGAAAAAUAUAGUGGAACGAGUCUUGCCUCUUCUUGAGUCCAUUGAGGAAAUUCGACGACAAGGAGCCAUUGAGUCCAUUGCCUGUUUGGUAGACUCGUUAGGAACAAUGAUAAUUCCUUUUGCUGUCUUACUGGCAGUUCCAGUUCUAGGCCGGAUGAGUGAUCAAAAUCCCUCAGUGCGGAUGAUGGCGACUCACAGCUUCGCCACACUAAUUCAGUUGAUACCUUUGGAUGGGGCGGUCGCCGAGCCGCCAGAAUUCAAAGCCUCACUGGGACAACUUAGAGAUGAACAAAGGCGCUUCUUGGAACAACUCUUCAAUACUUCUAGCAUAGAAAAUUACAAAGUACCUGUGCCUCUGAAGGCUGAACUCCGGUCCUACCAGCAGGCUGGAGUGAAUUGGCUCGCAUUCCUCAAUCGGUACAACUUGCAUGGAAUUUUGUGCGAUGACAUGGGUCUCGGAAAGACUUUGCAGUCCAUUUGUAUCUUGGCCGGAGACCAUUUCACAAGGGCAGAAAAAUAUAAGAAUACCAAGCUGCCUGAGUACGCGCCUCGACCUUCUAUCGUCAUUUGUCCACCGACCCUGACUGGCCACUGGGUUGACGAGGUAGCCAAAUUCCUUACCAAGAAGUACUUGAACCCUCUUCAGUAUGUCGGUCCCCCUAAUGAACGAGAGAAAUUGAGGAGUCGGGUGAAAACUCAUAAUUUGAUUGUCGCCUCCUAUGACAUUGUGCGAAAAGACAUCAAUUUCUUCAGAACGAUCAAUUGGAACUACUGCAUUCUGGAUGAAGGUCACGUCAUUAAAAAUGGCAAAACGAAAUCUUCAAAAGCAAUCAAGCAACUGACCGCAAAUCACCGCUUGAUCCUGUCUGGCACCCCAAUCCAGAACAACGUUCUUGAGCUUUGGUCUCUGUUUGAUUUCCUCAUGCCCAGUUUCUUGGGAACCGAGCGGCAGUUCACGGCUCGAUACAGCAGACCAAUUUUAGCCAGCAGAGACCCAAAGAGCAGCCCCAAGGAGCAAGAAGCUGGUGUGCUGGCCAUGGAGUCAUUGCAUCGCCAAGUUUUGCCCUUCCUCCUGCGCCGCAUCAAAUCGGACGUGCUGCAAGAUUUGCCUCCCAAAAUUACGCAAGACUAUGUCUGCGAGUUGAGUCCUCUUCAGCAACAAUUGUAUGAAGACUUCCAGCGAACGAGGGCCCAUCAAACUCUAAACGAGUCAAUCAGUCGGCCUGGAAGUGAAGGCUCUGGAUCAUCGUCAGGCAGCAACCGUUAUCACAUUUUCCAGGCGCUGCACUACUUGCAAAACGUUUGCAACCAUCCAAAGCUUGUACUCACGCAGCAGCAUCCUCAGUUUGACAAGUUCCAGCAGCAAUUGAAACAGCAAGGCUCCACUUUGGCGGACAUCCAGCAUGCAGCAAAGCUGCCAGCAUUGAAACAAUUGCUGCUGGACUGUGGCAUUGGGGUCGAGGAGAGUGACCAAACACCAGAGUUGGUGGUGAAUCAACAUCGUGCCCUCAUUUUCUGCCAACUGAAAACAAUGCUAGACAUCGUCGAAAAGGAUUUGCUCAGAAAACACAUGCCCAGCGUGACCUAUCUGCGACUUGACGGCUCCAUUCCUCCAGGGCAAAGGCACAAAAUCGUUUCCAUGUUCAACAGCGACCCUUCCAUUGACGUCUUGCUACUGACGACUCAAGUUGGAGGCCUUGGUUUGAACUUGACCGGUGCUGACACUGUAAUAUUCGUGGAGCACGACUGGAACCCAAUGAAAGACUUGCAAGCGAUGGACAGAGCGCACCGAAUCGGACAGAAAAAGGUGGUCAACGUCUAUAGACUCAUCACCAGAGCCACGCUUGAGGAGAAGAUCAUGGGACUGCAAAAAUUCAAACUUUUAACCGCAAACACGGUGAUCAACAGUGAAAACAACAGUUUAGAAUCAAUGGGAAGUGUUGAGUUGAUGGAUCUUUUUACACUAAACAAAAACGGAGAAGAAGGACAUUCAAUAUCCUCAGGCUCAAGUUUAACUGGAAAGCCCGCAAAUGUCAACGCUGUUUUAGCAGCGCUACCUGAAUUGUGGGACGUAACGCAAUACGAAGAAGAGUAUGAUCUGUCCAAUUUUUUGCAAGGAUUGAAGUAAUGAAGGGACCAAUUUGUGCUAGUUGUGUGAUGCACUGAUUUUGAGUGCCACUUUUCAUGUGUGUUGUGCAAAAGGUAAUGUGUAUGAUGUGGAAUUAAAGGUCAUGCUUUUAUAUUAUUUAUAUA